ACCAGUCUCGACACGAAAACUCAUCAGCCGAGCUUCUUCGGUACCCAUAAGAAUCCGCUUCACGCUUCCAGCCCCACCUUUGGAUGAUUCCAGGCCACCGGAUCGAAAUUCGAGCAAUUUCCAGUUAAUCGAAUUGGUCUUGUCCAAGGCCGAGCAGGAGACAAGUCGCAGAAAUGGUGUCGUCCCAGGCUCUCUCGUUACUCUUGCUGUUUCUGGUCGCGCACGGAUCGCAGGGGCAGAAACAGCAGCAAGAAGAUCCUUGCCAAACAAAAUCCAGAGUGGUCGGUGACAUAGAGUAUUGCGAUCGUUAUUGGGAAUGCGUGAACGGGCGUCCAGAAUUGUUCGACUGUCCAAACGGUCUUGUUUUCGCUGGGAAGCAUCGAGGCGUGACCGAGGGCUGCGACUAUCCGUGGAGAGCGAACUAUUGCGACGGAAAGCGGCAGGCUAAUCCACCGAUUCCUGCCGAGCAUUGCGAUUGGCUCUACGGCAUAUUCGGCCACGAGACUUCUUGCACGCGGUACUGGACCUGUUGGAACGGAACCGCCACCGAACAAUUGUGCAUCGGUGGACUUUUGUACAACGAGAGGGCAAGGUCCUGCGAUUGGCCCGAGAACGUGGAAGGAUGUCAAAAGCAUCCACUGUGCAACGACGACGCGAACGGGAACGUUCCUUUGGGCAAAUCGUGCAAUCGUUACUGGCAAUGUCAAGGUGGAUACCCGCGAUUGCAGCGAUGCCCCGCGAUGCUGGUGUUCGAUCGAAGGUCGCUGAGGUGCGUCGUCCCGCCCACCGAGGAUUGUGACGUACCCACGACCCCACCCAAUCUCGAGGGCGAUCUGCCCGAUGGAAGGAACGAGCAGGAAGCGGAGGAAGAGAACCUUCCGCCCGGUGUUCCGCCAUUGCCGGCCGGCGCGUUGCCCAUACCGCUUCGAGCUCGCCCCAGAAAUUAGACGAUCCGACGUUUUCUUUUUUUUUUUUCCCUUUUUUUUUUUUUUCGAUCAAUCGUACGCUUUUCGACCGGUGAUAUCUUUCUUUUCGAAUGUAAAAGGAAAACUCGUGAAUACUCUUGAAAAUCUUCGUUCGUUUCGCGAAAAAGAGGUUAAAGAAAGAAGUUGCUCGGCGAGAAGCGUUCUUUUUUUUUUUUUAUUUUUGGAAAUUCCAAAGUUUCGAAUCGCAUCGAGUAAUUUAUACGAAAAGAAAUUGGAGAAAAAGGAGAAUUUUAAUUUUGUGAAAAAAGAGGGAGGAUAAAAAUUCAGUAACAUGUAUAUUCGAAGCUUAUAGAGCAUGUUUUUUUUAAUUAGAAGCGUUAGUGAUUUUUCUUCUUCAAUCUCUCUUGUUUUAUUAUCAUCUUCUUGAUGAAGUCGUCGCACGAAUGUACGUUUAAGUUAAAAAAAAGAGAAAAAAGAAAGAAAAAAAAAAAAAGAUAAAUAGGUAAAUCGUAAUGGAAAUCACGUUUAUAUUCUUUUAUUAUUGUUAUUAUUAAGUAACUCUUUCUCUCUCUCUCUCUCACCACCCCGAAUUGUAAAUAAUUCUCUCUCUUAGCCAUUCUCACCCUGUUCUCGCCCUAAUUAUAAGUAAUUAUCAAAAACGUUCACACUUGUACGAAUGUAGAACUCGUUGGAAUAAAGUGUACGUUGUAUAUUUUUUUGUA